AUGCUCUCCCCCAUACGCCUUGCUGUUGUGGCUAGCAUUGUCUCCUCGUCCUAUGCUAUGCCUGCAAUUAUCUAUGUCCCCGACUUUGGUAUCAAUGCGAACGUGAAUGCUCAGGCAUCCGUUACAUUAGGUCCUUCCCCCUCUUUGGUCGAUGUUUCGCCUGCGGUUUCUUCCGCUGCUGCUGCGAUUGCCAAAGCUCCAGCCGCAGCCAUCUCGCAGCUGUCGAGCGCUUUCUCGUCCCUAUUUGUCCCAUCCCCGAGUAUUCCGGCUCUCCCAACUGGCUCCGCAGUCGCGACAAUCCAGUCCCUUGCGUCAGGCUUUGAGAGCGCUGUUGCCCAACUGCUGGCCUUGCUGAACAGCUCAGUCACCCCUGACACCAAGACUCAGGUGGCGAUAAUCGUCCAACAACUCAGUCAAAUGAUAUCGCAGUUGUCCAGUCAGGCAUCGGGACUGAGUCAAGUAGACCAGAAAACCAUUCAGGAUGCUGUCAACACUUUGUGGAGCCAAGUAACCAAGCAAGGAUUUCCAACAGUGUACCAAUCGUCCCUCUGCUCGUUGUCUGGCCCAUUGUUGGCCUCCGGCACUACCCUGGGUUUCCGAAACACCGCAGUAAGCCUGGGUGCAACCUUCGGCACCUGUUAG